AUGGCCUCGCCGGCCGCCAGCCCCGACUCGUCGUGCCACGAGGGCCCGGCCUCGGCGGCCUCGGCGCCCGCGGGGACCCCGACCUCGGACUCGGAGAACCUGAGCCCCGACGAGCUGGAGCUGCUGGCCAAGCUGGAGGAGCAGAACCGGCUGCUGGAGGCCGACUCCAAGUCGAUGCGCUCCAUGAACGGGUCCCGCCGGAACAGCGGCUCCUCGCUGGUCUCCAGCUCCUCGGCCUCCUCCAACCUGAGCCACCUGGAGGAGGACACCUGGAUCCUCUGGGGCCGCAUCGUCAAUGAGUGGGACGAGUGGAGGAAGAAGAAGGAGAAGCUGCUCAAGGAGCUGAUCCGCAAGGGCAUCCCGCACCACUUCCGAGCCAUCGUGUGGCAGCUGCUGAGCAGCGCCACGGAGCUGCCCCUCAAGCAGCAGUACUCGGAGCUGCUCAAGAUGUCCUCGCCCUGCGAGAAGCUCAUCCGCAGGGACAUCGCCCGCACCUACCCCGAGCACGAGUUCUUCAAGGGCCAGGACAGCCUGGGCCAGGAGGUGCUCUUCAACGUCAUGAAG